CCCGGGAGACAGACACCUCGACUCCGCGGCCCCUAAAGGACUGAGCCUCACCAGAGGAAGACGGUGAGGGUGCAGAUCAGCGCCUCUUUACUCAGCUGGAGAAGAACCAACCCGGAUGGCCAAGCAUCCGCGGCGAAUAUGGCUCCCGCGCGUGCGCAGGACUGCGAGGGGGCGGGGCGGGGCGGGAGGACGCGGAAGUUCUCCCAGUGCUGGGGCGGGCUCAGUCUGCCCACGUGGACUGUGCAGAAGCACAACCUCGGCUUUGGCUGCGGUCUGUAUUAGAGGAGGACUGGAGGGAGGAGGGAAGCGUCUAUACCGUGGAGAGUGGAACCAGAUUCCUCCUACGCUUUGCACUCCACUUUCGUUUUCUCUUCUGUACCAUUCUAAUGGAGGCCAGAGUAGCAACUGUAUAGACAAAUCAAAUCGUUUACUCUUCCAGUCUUGCCCCUUAACAGUUUUUCCUUUGUUCUUCCUCUUAGCCUCAUUUUCUCCUUUCUCAGAUCCAACUCUUUAAUUGGGAUAACUUUUGUUCUAAGUUUAAGACUUCUCUUCGCCGGGCAGUGGUGGUGCACGCCUUUAAUCCCUGCACUUGGGAGGCUGAGGCAGGCGGAUUUCUGAGUUCGAGGCCAGCAUGGUCUACAGAGUGAGUUCCAGGACAGCCAGGGGUACACAGAGAAACCCUGUCUCGGACAAAAGAAAAAAAAAAAAAAA